GCCGUUUGGGCCGCAGUAGUACCGCGCCACAGCUUCGCCAUGGGCACUACCAUCAUCAGCUUUUCGAGAUUUAUCCUGUCGGUGUCGUUGUUCUUCUUCUUGGUGGUUGGUAGUGCUAGGACGGUGGUUCGGGGUGAAGAAGACGACGGUUCCAAAGAGGAGUUAAGGAUAUACAAGGCUGCGUUCGAGUUUUUGCACGAAUGCGGCAAAAAGGAGUUUUCGUUGUGCUUGAAGGAACGCGCUUUGAGGUACAUUGACACACUACCAAACGAGUUGGAUGUUGGAGUGGGUGUCAAAAUCAAAUCAAAUGGUCGAGUGUCCAAAAGAAUGCAAAGAGAGGCUCUGCCGGAUGAACCGAAAGCAAGGGAAAGUGCCGUGGAGAAUAUCCUUUGGGAUCGCAUCUCCGAUUACCUUAGCACUCAUGUGAUCGAGCUGAAGAUGCCUUCUAAUACAGUUCACGAUAUGAAGAAGUCUGUGGAAGAAGGUAAAAAACUAUCAAUUUUCUUAAAAAAGUUUAUUCCGUGUUUAGGAAACACAGGUUUAGCGCACACAGAAAAAGCUAAAAAAGUUGAAUUUUGGCCUUACAAAGAACAAACUCAUAAGAAGGCCAGUAUAGUGGCCUUCCAUGGUCCAUCUACCUUAGAACAUCUCAAAUAA